GCCAACCACACCGCGCCUCGACACACCACACCACUGCCCUCCAUAAGUGGCCCGCCCAAAAGCUCUCUCUUUCUUUUCCUCCAACGCUUCUCUCUCCCACUCUCCUCCACCUCCCUCACCCGCUCCCGAUCACCACCAGACCCCGACACCACCACCCGUCACCAUCACCUUCGCCCCCAUCCGCGUCUCCCCUCGCCCUUCUCAUCCUCCUCCGCCCCCGUCAGCUCUCGACUCCCGUCCGCCAACUCCCCCUCCGGUCUCAUUCCCCGCUCAUCUCCGCCCCUCACGCACACGCCGCUCGCGACGUCUGCUACCCAACCCUCGACUCGACCCCGCCAUCGCCGCACCACGACUCUCAAUCCUGCAACGCGAAGACUAGGACCGCGCGACAGCUCGUCCCCGUCCAGUAUUUGCCUACCUGCCGUCGUCUCACGCCGCGCAGCCAGCCACUUCUCCUUUUUCGAGUUGGCAGAUAACCGUCACCUCUCGCACGUCGUCUCGCUUGCCGUUCCUCAACCUCCAAAGGCCCGCUUCCUCUCACGACUACCCCAAGCUAUCACCACCUCACUCCACCGCCAAGAUGUCCAACUCUCAGGAAGUCCUAUCCGCCAACGGAAACGAUCUCGUCGAUUCCAUGGAUCAGCUCAAGAUGGACGAGCGUCUCGGCCCCGACGGGGAGCCCGCCCCUAAGACGGACGAGGAAUACGCUCAGGCGCAACUGACGCUCCGUGCCAUUGUCUCCUCCAAGGAAGCCGGCGUCAUCAUUGGAAAAGGCGGCAAAAACGUCGCUGACCUUCGCGACGAGACUGGUGUCAAAGCCGGCGUCAGUAAGGUCGUCCAGGGCGUCCAUGAUCGCGUCCUCACCAUCACUGGUGAAUGCGACGCCAUCUCCAGAGCCUACGCCAUCGUUGCCCGUGCUCUCCUGGAAGGCGCCCCCGCCAUGGGCAUGGGCGGCAUUGUCCAAAGCAAUGGCACUCAUCCUAUUAAGCUGCUCAUCUCCCAUAACCAAAUGGGCACCAUCAUUGGCAGGCAGGGCCUGAAGAUCAAGCACAUUCAGGACGUCUCUGGCGUCCGCAUGGUGGCACAAAAGGAGAUGCUGCCGCAGUCAACCGAACGCAUUGUCGAAGUUCAAGGUACCCCCGAAGGCAUCCAGCGCGCGGUAUGGGAGAUCUGCAAAUGCCUCGUCGACGACUGGCAGCGCGGCACCGGUACUGUUCUCUACAACCCCGUCGUCCGCACCCAACCUGGGGCGACUGGCGGCAGCAUCGGCAGUGGCAGCUCUGGCUAUGGCUCCGGUAGCCGCGAAUACGGAAGCCCUCGCGUUAUGCGCACGGGUAACGGAGCCGACUUCAGCAAUGGCGGUGUGCGGCCCUUCAACCGCCGCUCCGACUCUGACGCGGCGUCUCGCGGACCUCCCACUCACGACGAAAAUGGCGAGGAGAUACAGACCCAGAACAUUAGCAUUCCCGCAGACAUGGUUGGCUGCAUCAUUGGCCGUGCCGGCAGCAAGAUUAGCGAGAUUCGCAAGACCUCUGGCGCCCGCAUCUCGAUUGCCAAGGCACCACACGACGAAACCGGCGAGCGGAUGUUCACCAUCAUGGGCACGGCCAAGGCGAAUGAGUCAGCCCUGUUCCUCUUGUACGAGAACCUCGAGGCUGAGAAGAUGCGACGCAGCCAGCUCCCCGACGCGGAGUAGACGGCUCCGGCCAGAACUCCCCGUGUGCGCUGGCCCGUCUUGCUGCGUUGCCGGCCGCGUUUCGAAUGAGGUGAACUUGGAUCGGACUGGGGCCGGCUCAUGACCUGCGGAACGAAUCCAGAUCUGACUUGCCGCAAGGCUCCCGUACUUUCCACAGCGACGGGGACAGGAUGAUGUGAUGGCCCAAAAUUAGCGCCGCGGGCAUUGCCGCGCGCCGCCUGCUUCGAUUUCUCCUUCCUUUCAUUCCCCUGUUACCCUUAUUUCCUUUUUAUCGAUUUCCGACACUCUGUUCUUUUGGCUGGGAAGCUGAUGCCGGACGGAGUGCGCGAGAACGGCACGCUUCAAUUUUUUGCUGUUUUGCCGCUACCUCACCGGCUCGGAUUGGACCUUUCGCGCCGCCGUUUCCCUAUCAACCGCCCGCCCAUGCCUCAUCAACACGGAGCUCUGGUCACACGGCUCUCCACGUCUCGCCACUACGACCCGGACCCUUCUCUGGCGGCCGGCGCGCACGACCCCUCGGCACCACAGAAAGGCAUGGCGUUUGCUCGGGCACGGUGGAUCAGCGGCACCUGCGCUGACGACCGAUGGCCCGGGGCAACGCCAUGCUGACUGUGCUCCAUGAUCAGUCUCUACUCGACCCCGUUUCACACUCCCUCACUUCGACUCGGAGCACGCACGCACGCACGCACGCACACCCACUCACCCACACAAACAAAUACACACGCACUCAUCCCGACUAUUCUCCGAGGCCUCGGACAUCUACAUGUACUGUUAUGGUGCGGGCAUUCGAAGGAGGAUGCGGUCAUGACUGGUGGACUAGGUAUCGUCUGCGGCCUCGAAUCCCCCUCACCUCUUCACUGCUCACCCGUCUCGACCCCGGAUAUCGCUCUUGACACUGGCGAUGAGGAGUCUGGCUAUACCCCCACGGCAUGAUUGAUGACAUUGCGGACUUUGGGGGGCACGGGAACACCCAGGAAGGAGUGUAUCUAGCUAUACUUUUAAAAAAUCAAAUUAACGAAUUGCCCC